GCACAGGACAAAGAUGGCGGCGGAGCGACAGGAUGCGCUGAGGGAGUUCGUGGCGGUGACGGGCGCCGAGGAGGACAGGGCCCGCUUCUAUCUCGAGUCGGCCGGCUGGGACCUGCAGAUCGCCCUAGCAAGCUUUUAUGAGGACGGAGGAGAUGAAGACAUCGUGACCAUUUCGCAGCCAACCCCCAGUUCAGUAUCCAGAGGCACAGCCCCCAGUGAUAACAGGGUGACAUCCUUCAGAGACCUUAUUCAUGACCAAGACGAGGAGGAGGAGGAGGAAGAGGGCCAGAGGUUUUAUGCUGGGGGUUCAGAGAGAAGUGGACAGCAGAUUGUUGGACCUCCCCGGAAGAAAAGUCCCAACGAGCUGGUGGAUGAUCUCUUUAAAGGUGCCAAGGAGCAUGGAGCCGUAGCCGUGGAGCGAGUGACCAAGAGCCCCGGAGAGACCAGUAAACCGAGACCAUUUGCAGGGGGUGGCUACCGCCUUGGGGCAGCACCAGAGGAAGAAUCUGCAUACGUGGCAGGAGAAAGGAGACGGCAUUCUGGCCAAGAUGUUCAUGUGGUGUUGAAGCUCUGGAAGAGUGGGUUUAGCCUGGACAAUGGUGAGCUUCGAAGCUACCAAGACCCAUCUAAUGCCCAGUUUCUGGAGUCUAUCCGCAGAGGGGAGGUACCAGCUGAGCUACGGCGGUUAGCUCAUGGUGGGCAGGUGAAUUUGGACAUGGAAGACCAUCGGGAUGAGGACUUCGUGAAGCCCAAGGGAGCCUUCAAAGCCUUCACUGGCGAGGGUCAGAAACUGGGCAGCACUGCCCCCCAGGUAUUGAAUACCAGCUCUCCAGCCCAACAGGCAGAAAACGAAGCCAAAGCCAGCUCCUCCAUCUCAAUCAAUGAGUCAGAGCCUACCACCAACAUCCAAAUCCGGCUCGCUGACGGCGGGAGGCUGGUGCAGAAAUUCAACCACAGUCAUAGGAUCAGCGACAUCCGGCUCUUCAUCGUGGAUGCCCGGCCAGCCAUGGCUGCCACCAGCUUUGUCCUCAUGACUACUUUCCCAAACAAAGAGCUGGCUGAUGAGAGCCAGACCCUGAAGGAAGCCAACCUGCUCAAUGCCGUCAUCGUGCAGCGGCUAACAUAG